UAUUAGACAUAAUUCUUUAACUGAUUGAGCAAUAGUUUUAUCGAAAAGAAAAUCUUUUAAACUCAAUCUAUUUUUUAUUCUUUUUAUUAAUAAUAUAGAAAUUAUUUAUUUCUACAAUUAAGUGAAAUGAACAAAUCGAAAGUUAAAUCUAUUAUUAUUUUUGUUUUGUUUAUUAAUUAUUUGUCGAAAAACAAAUAAAAAUAAAAUAAUUUAUAAUUAUCUUUUGAAGGAUUUAUUUACUCGUCAAAAAAACAAAAAUUUGCUUUGUAAAAUUAAAUAUUCUUUUUUAAUAUAAAUGAUUGAAUAGUAUUUAUUGAAAAACAAUUAAAAAAUUUAAUCCGAUUAAGAUAUAUUGAAAAAUCUUAUAUUGAGUAAAUAAAUAAAUAAAAAUAUUCGAGAACUGAUUCGACUAUUUUUAUUCAAAAGACUUGUUAUGAUGACUAUUAAAAAGAAUAAGAAAAUCGAAAUAUGAUGUUAUUUAAAAAAGAUUUUAAUGUUUAUUCUAAUCAAUCAACUAAAAUAAACAAUCGAAUUAAAUUUAAUAUUAAAAUAAAUUUUUGUUCAAUAUAUAGGCUGAAUUAUGUCCACCAUCAUUAAUUGUUCGUUCAGCAUUAAGAUUACGAUCUUGGAUAUUUUAUUGGAAAUUAGAACGUCAACGUGUUAGACUGUCACGAACUCUUCCAUCGUAUCUUACACAAGUUGGUCAAACAGUUCCUAAUGCAGCUAACAUAAUUCCAGUUUUAACAGAACAUACUUGUUUAUUUGAUAAUAAUUAUUAUAAUAUUGAAACAAUAAGUAUACGUUCAUUAAUUAAAUGUGGACGUUAUUUAGUUAUCAAUUUUGGUAGUUGUACAUGA